AUGGAAAUUGAGCAGCUCCAGACCGUAGAUGAGAAUAAACAACGGGAACAGGCUCGCAAAAUUUAUAACAAAUACAUUGACAACUCGUCUGAGUUCCAGAUCGCAACGACACUGGAACUUACCGACGAGCUUGAGCAGCUAAUAAAGGACAACAUUAACAGUACGAGCAAGGUGACCGAGAGUUUCUUCCCGAUUCAAAAAUUAGCGUACAUGAGACUCACACGAGAGGAGAUGCCGAGAUUUUUAACAAGCGACGAGUACCUUCGAAUGCUAAUUGAUACCGAAGAUGGGACUAAGAGGAUUCCGAUGGAAAAAGUACUUCAGCAGCCUAGAGCUGCGCAUUAUUUUCUCUUAUUCUUGAUGCAGAGUCGGCAACAUUUUGAGCUCUACUUUUGGCUCCACGUAGAAUAUGUGUUGAAUCGUGUGCUGGAAGAAUCAAAUUACGAGUUGUUCUGGCGACUAGCACACGUGCUGGUGGACAAAGCGCAGCAUGACUCGCAAGCCAUUACACUCGAAACAAAGAAUGAUUUGUAUUUAGCAGUGGUUACUCGUCGCUUUGAUGAUAACGUUCAGCCCCCGCAACCUGUCGCCAAGGAAAUUUUUUGCAAGGCACAACAAGAGAUCUAUUCUAUAUUGCUGUCAUCGUGGUAUGAUCGAUUUAUCAAGAGCGACUUAUACAAAGUAGCGCUUAAGGAUUCUCUCAUUCAUUUUGAUCUUGUGGAAUUAAAAGACUCUCCACCGAAGCUACUUUCACGAGCUUUCUCUUCUGCAGAGUACUCUAAAGUGCGCACCAAAAGUUAUAAAACUAAUAGAUCCAUAAGUAGCUGUGACGGUGACGCGGCAGAUUGGCAUAAACUUGAAGAAAAUUGCAGGCCAUUAAACGAAGACAAAUUGAAUCAGAUGACUGCAAGCAUCAAUGGUAUGGAUUAUCGGAGCGACUUGGAUGAAACAGACGAGCGCGAUUUUGUUAAGGUGAAUUUGAAUCUCGAGAGCAUUAUCCGCUUGACAAAGUUGCCGGAUGGACUACAAGUGCACUAUCGACCAAACUUUGAUUUUCCCGAUGCAAGUGCUUCGAAAGGGGACAAGUGUGGUAUUGAUACGAUUCUAACCUUCGCAACCUUCACAGAACUGCAAGAACUGGGUGGUACUGCUGCAACGCUCAUGCUCAUGCCUGUAACUAACCCAUACAAGGAAAGAAAUAGUAACGAUGAGCCAUUUGAUGACAUUUCACGACGGAUCAAAACUUUUCUUGUACCCAAUGGGAAGAUCCUCAUCAAGCGGUCGGGUGAUGAGAAGUGUCCCUCUGAUGUGCUGUUUCCAUUUCAACAGAGCGGUUGCAAUGGAUCUUUGUUUGGGUCGGUCUACUUGACGUACGAACACAUGCGCAUGGAAUGCUCAAACGAGGAUAUCUAUGUCGCCAAGGGUUUCUGUUUGCUCUCUCACUUACCAUUUGUUAACUCGCUCCGAACAAUUGUAGAAGAACAUAUUCAAAGAAACAAUUCGCAUUCCAGUAUUCUUGCGCAUGAACGAUUAAACUUGCUUUAUAAAAGCAGACUUAGCUGGAAAAGGAAGACAAUACCAAACGCCGCAAUUCAUACAUAUGUACAUCCUGAAAUGCGUCGUCUGGCUCAACGAAAAUACAGUAGUAUAUUGAGCUUACCUUUGAGUACGCUAGAAGCUCACGUGGAUGUUUCAGUUUCAACUUUAUUUGAUCAGUUUGGUACAGCAAUGGUUCUUCAAAUCCUUGCCAGCGCUGUAUUGGAGUGUAGUAUCGUAUUUAUUGCUAGCCAAUAUUCGAUGCUUACAAUAUGUGCAGAGGCACUCCGCACCUUGCUACGUCCAUUUUCUUGGUGUCAUGUAUACGCUCCGGUGCUGCCGAAGCCACUGCUGUCGUAUCUGCAGUGUCCGACGCCGAUUCUUGUGGGUGUAAACAGUGAAUUUGCAUUGCGAUCGGAUCUGCCAACCCGCGGUUUUUAUCUCGUGGCUGAUAUGGAUCGCAAGGUCGUAGAAUAUAUUGGUGAUCAGUCGAUGGCUUGGCGUGGUCUGGGUCUUCAGUACGAUGUCGGCGAGGGUGCAAUAUUCCUUCCGCGAUGCUUUGAGGCUGCUAAGCACGAAUUGGACAGGAUUUUUUGUUCUAGGAUGCUGCAAUUCGACAACAUUGGAGGAUGCGACACGGAUCCAGAUAGAACUUCCUUAGAGUCAGGAGACAAACGUGACGAGCAAAUGCGUGGAAUAUGUUUUGACCUCUUGUCUGGGUUAUUGAGCGGCCACACAGAUGCUUGCCUGGUGGUAGGGGAUACGCAUGAAUCUGUAGUCAUUUUUGAUGAAACUGAGUACCUAGCAACUCAAACGAACGAUGAUCUAUCGUUUUACCGGGCUUUAAUUCGUACACAGUGUUUCUCAGAAAUUGUCAGUGCCCAUCGGAUUGACAUGAAUCUAAGAGAGUCUGAUGAAGAUCUGCAGGAAGGAAUUAUUUAG